AUGCGCGAAGUCCCGACUCAAAGGCUCUCCGACACCUGGGGAUGUUCCCUCAUUUUACAUGAAAAAUAUGUCUAUAUAAUUCUUCAUCAAGCACGUGUUAUACUUAAAACAUUACCAAAUGUUAAUCAUAUUAAUUUAUCUAAUUUACAUCAUAUAUUUAUUAUUGGUGAUCUUCAUGGACAAUUACCUGAUUUAUUACAUAUAUUUAAUGUGAAUGGACUACCUGCAACUGAUAAUCCAUAUAUAUUCAAUGGAGAUUUUGUUGAUCGAGGUUCAAAUUCAAUUGAAAUUAUUCUUUUAGUUCUGAUUGCUUUUAUUCUUUGUCCAAGUUCAGUAUUUCUUAAUCGAGGUAACCAUGAAGAUAUAAUGAUUACAGCUCGAUAUGGUUUUCAAGAAGAAAUCAAUAAUAAAUAUCCAAAAUGUAAAACACAAUUAAUUGAUCUUUUCAAAGAUUUAUUUAGUUGGCUACCAAUUUAUUCAUGUAUUGAUACAGGAAUAUCUAAUAUUAUGAUAGUACAUGGAGGAAUAUCUAAUCGAAUUAAUUUAAAACAAAUAAAUUCUCUUGCAAGAAAUCGAUAUAUUUCAAUUAUUAUACCACCAAAAUCAAAAAAUAUCGAUGAACGUUUAACUAAAGAUGAACAAGAUGAAUAUCUUCAAAUGGCAGAUUUAUUGUGGAGUGAUCCAGAUCCUCAGAAUCGUUCUGGUUGUCGAAAUAAUGAUGAUAGAUAUAUGGGUUGUUUUUUUGGUUCAAAUAUAACAGAAGAAUUUCUUAAUAAAAAUCAUUUUUCAAUGAUUAUACGUUCACAUCAAGUCAAAGAAAAAGGUUAUGACUUUGAUCAUAAUAGAAAAGUUUUAACUGUUUUCAGUGCAUCGAAUUAUUGUGAAGGAUCCAAUUGUGGUGCUUUUGCACGAUGGGAUUAUAUGACAGAUGAACCACAGAUUACUUCAUAUACAUUAGAAGAUAUCAAUUCAAGUGAAAAAUUAAGUUUUAAUAAACAAGUAACAUUAUUCGAAGAUCCAGUUUAUCAAACAUUAAUGAAAAAAAUUGUAGCAAAGAAAAGUUUACUUAAAAAAGAAUUUGAAAAAUCGGAUAAAAAUCGAACUAAUCAUUUAUCUCCGACAAUUUGGUCUGAUAUAAUGAAAAAUGUUCUUCAAAUUGAUUUACCUUGGCUUACGUUACGUUCAAAAUUUGUAAAAGAAGAUGCACAAUGA